AUGCCUUUACAAUCGAUUAAUAAUCAACAAAAAUCAAAAAGCAAUCACUUGAUGCCUAAAGAGGAAAUAACUAAAUCUAUUUUAAGGAAUCCAGAAGUCAAUUAUGGGACUACGAACCAAAACUUUCUUCGCCUCUCGCCUAUGGUUCAUACAUGGAGAAGUCAUUUAACCCCACAAACUGUUAAAGGACGAAAACGGGCAAAGUCCGAAAACUGCUACGAUAUUUAUCAUGAACCUAGAUUAAAUAAAAUAGAAGAUAUAAAACGAAAAUUGGAGGAAGUUAAAGUGUUUGAGUCUAAAAUUUGUGAUUUAAAAGAAUUAAGAAGAAGCACGGAAGUUUUAAUAAAUCGCAAAGUGUCAACAAAGUUGAACUUUCCGUUUUCUCAACCAAUUUAUAAGAAUCUCAUAAAACUCGACGAUACUGAAGCGCACAAGGAUAAUACUUCAAAAGCUGAUAAUAUAAUUAAGAAAACUACAAAGAGAGUUACUGAUUCUGGAUCAAAAAAGGAAGAUGAAGAAAUUCGAAAAGAAGUCAAUGAUAUGAUUAAUGAUCUUGUCGAUAUGGAAUACAAUGAAAGUGACGAAGAACUUAUUAAGAUGCCCGGUGAAGAAAGUUAUCUUGGUUUUUCUAAUCAUUCAAAAGUUCAAGUCCGUAAAGUUAAUGAUAAGAUUGAUACUGAACGUUACCGUGACUCAUUGAAUGUUGAAGUAAAUCAUGAAUUCUUUGAGUCUGAUGAAUAUAUGAAAGUCAAACCAUUUGAGAAGACAGAUAAGAAAUUCUACGACGAUAAAAAAAGUGCACCACCAACUGAGCCUGUGUCUCUUUGCGAAUGUAUUUCUGGCUAUUACUCUAAAACAAAUCAUUGUGAUUCUAAGUAA